UGAACUCAGCACUGGGUUGUGUUGGAAAAUGCAACAGAGACAACAGAGACGGUAAAUGUGCCAAAAAGAGAGACAGUGGAAAAAGAAAUGUGUGGUGCCAAAAAAGUAAGAAUUAAGAAGAAAAAGAUGUUCGUGUGAGAAGCAGCUAAAUUCACCUAAUUAACCGACGACAUGGAAGAAAGUUGCAGCAGGUGAUGCAGGAUCCUGCACAGGCAGAGACAGGCUGGCGUCUUACCGGGUUUGUUCUGUCUUUCUUUUGGUUUAUCCUGACCACACACCUCACUCAUUUACCUACAGCUGAUACAACUGAUAGUCAUGCUUUGCCACACUGCAUAUUUUUGGUCCAGCCUCACCCAAGGUGUGAUUUCUUGACAGUAUUUACAGAAAGCAACUACAAAAUAUUUUGAGACCCAUCCAGCUGGGGGCGACAGUGUGUGCGCUCACACAUAUUUGGCCUUUUUGAGUUGCCUUACAACUGGCAGUACCCUCUCCCGCCGCCGGGUUACAACAUCUAGACAACACAGCUUUGUUGCAGCGGUGAAUUUCACGCCGUUUAUGCAUCAGUCGGGCCCUGCAGGCCUAUCAGGCCUGUGCCGAGUCACCGAACAUCUUUAUCUCAGUAAUGGCAGAGCGGCUAAUGAUUCCUCCCAGGUGACUCGGUGCGAGAUAACCUGCAUCGUGAACGUUACUGAGACCAAGGGCAGUCCUCAUCCCGGGGUGGAGUACACCCACAUCCCGGUCUCUGACUCCCCGAUGUCUCCACUCUGCGAUCACUUUGACGAGGUGGCAGAUAAAAUACAGAUCACUGCAGAGUGCGGUGGCCGCACAUUGGUGCACUGCAACGCUGGAGUGAGCCGCUCCGCCGCCCUGUGCAUGGCCUAUCUGAUGAAGCACCGCGGUGUGACUCUCCUGGAAGCCCACAGGUGGGUGAAGACCUGUCGACCCAUAGUGAGGCCGAAUGAUGGCUUCUGGAAGCAGCUCAUCCGGUAUGAGAUGGAGCUUCGUGGGCAUAACUCUGUACUAAUGGUCUCCUCCUCCAUGGGAGAGAUACCAGACAUUUAUGAGGAGGAAGCCAGGAAUAUGAUGCCCCUGUGAAGAACUUAAUGAAUGAAUGUAUGGACAGCUACUGUAAUGUCUGUCGCAUAACUAGUGACAAAAUGCUGUUUAGCCAUGUGAAGAAUAUAAAGACUUAAUGCGCUCCAUGAAGAGUUAUUAUGGGCUUUUAUAGCCUACCUCUACUCUAAUUAUCUGGUGACAAAAAACUCUUUAAUUCGUGUAGUUUAUUUUCAUGUCUUAAUCAUCUCACAAUUAAUCUGGUGACCCAUUGGAGGGGGCCUGACCCUAAGCUAAACUAACUGUCUAAAGUAGAUAACCUGGCUCCCCCUAGACCAGCUACAACAAUAAAAUGUUAUGUAUAUUGUUGCAUCAGUUUAAAAUACUAAUUGAAAAUAUAUUUCAAGGUAGAUUUAUUUGUCACAAUACAAGUUAUAGAGUGAAAUUGAGAUAAAAAUGGUAAACAGAAAUAAACUAUGGAGCAGUGCUGAGGAUGAAUUUCAGUUUAAAAGUCUGAUUGCUUGGGGGAAUAAGCUGCUCUGCAAUCUAGUGGUGCGGCAGCAGAAACUUCUAUCUCCUCCCAGAAGGCAGCUGGGUGAACAGGCAACGGCUGGGGUACUGUCCCAUGUGUAUAUUAAUGUCAUAUAUAACUAUAUCAGCCUUGGUUGCCAUCUUUCUGCAUAACAGGUAGGCUACUUUUUUUAAUUUGGAUGCAUUAGGUAUAUUUUGCUAGUAAUUCGCUGUAGGAUUUUGAAUGCAGGACAUUCUACCUUGUAAGUAAAGAACCUAAGUACUUUUUCUACCACUGAGUAUAGGCUUGUAUAUGAGAAGCCCUAAAUCAUUAAAGCAGCAGUUACUUGUCAAGCCACUCAAGGAAUCAAAAUCAUUUGAGACUACAAAGUACAAAAAGCUUUUAUUUCAGAAUCAGUGCUCAUCUUAAUUGGUUCAGCGCGCACACAUUUGGGCAGUCAUACAUUGGAAGGACAGCAGGAUGGACAGCCAUUCCUAACAGAGAUAAAUGAGUACUUUAUACUUAUUGUAGUUAUUUAGCUAUAUGGUCACUAAACAUCUUGAAAACAUGCUCCUUUCCGCCAGACUGUCUGAAAGAAUGGCCCAUUAUGUUUUUUAAUUCUGGUACUUAUGUGACGCAGGAACAGAGCAAAGUGUUGUAAACAAAUCUGAUUAUUUUGUUUUCAGAUUUCACAAUAAAAAUAUUUUUUGGAACAUAA